GCUCGUUUACAUCAGUGUUAAUCAGCAGUGACUGGCCAAAGGGCUGGAGCCACCCUGAGAUGACUCAACAAGGGGAACCCUGAAUGGGAGCAGGGCAGUUCCUCUGACACCUCCAUCCGCUUCCCGCAACCCACUUGGUGUGAACUAACACUGCACAUGGAAGUGCCACCCCUGCCAACCUGAUUGUUAAUAGUAUUUCAGGUUGCAGGCCGUGGCAGGGGGAUGGAGGGCAGCGGGGUGCUCGGCCUCUGUCUCCCUGCUGUUGUCCAGAGGAUAAACCCACACAGCACAAGGAUAUACUCAACGGCAAAGUCGGGCCAUGAGUUUGCUCUGGAGCCUCUGAGCACCCUUGGAAAUGUCUCAAUUGCAGCAGCAGCACCCAGCAUUAGGCCAGAGUCUCGCUCCCUUUGACAUCUCUCAGGCACUGGGAGCUGUCUGCGCACUUGACCUGAGGACUCAAGCCAUGCUUGGGGGGAUAGAGGGAAGCAAGACAGAUUUGUUACCAUAAAUGAGCUAAAAAUCAUCUCUAUCUUCAGUAGAUACUAUCUGCUGUGUCACAACACAUGUGAUCUUGCCUCACCCAUCCUUCAGCUUCUCCAGUCUUCUCUUGAGCCCUCCAUACCUCUGGUUGGGAAACAUGCCACCCGAGAUCAGGACUUAUGGGUUCCCAUCUCCUUCAGUGCCUGGAGAAACGCCUGCAGCAUGCCCCAGACAGGAGGGAAAAUCUGGUUUGUCUGUGUUUGUCCAGUAAAGGAAGAGAGAAUCAGACUUCAGCAAAGAGGGACAGGCAGACAAGAAAUAGGCGGCAAGAGGGACCUCGCGGCUCCGCUCUGAACUUUGACUCCCGUCGGUCCCGGCCUCUCCCCGGGGCUGCCCUCGGCUCCCCGCUGCCCCCCCCCCGGCUCCCUUCCCGCCCGGCCCCGCAGGAUGCAGAUCUCAUCCUUGCUGGCUGGUGGACUUUUACUCGCGCUGCUCUCCGUCAGGCUGGAGGCGAAGCCGGCGUCUCAGCUCCCACAGAAGGCGUCCCGCGGGUCGGCGGCGGCAGCAGCAGCGGCGGCAGCGGGUCCGCCCGAGACGGCGGAGCGGGAGAAGGAGCGGGAGAAAGAGCGGGAGAAGGAGCGGAGCGGCGGCGGCGGGUCAGGCCCGCGGGAGGCGCGGGAGGCGCGGGCCGAGGCGCGGCCGCGGGCGGGCUGGGCGCGGCUGCUGCAGGACCCGCCGGGCCGCCGCCACAAGGGCCUCCACAAGAAGGGCCUGGGCAAGGGCUGCUUCGGGCUCAAGCUGGAUCGCAUCGGCGCCAUGAGCGGCCUCGGAUGCUGAGGGACCCCUGGCGGGCUUUGAAUCCAUAGUCCACUUUCUCCUACCACGCACGGCCAGGCACGGCCAUCCCCCAGGCAACACCUAGAAGAGCAGUGAUCCCCCUGGAAUGGACAAAAGACGUGGCUGUGUUUUUCUUUUUGGUACGAGGAGUCAUGGCACCAACUGUUUUGGUUUUGUUACUUUUUUAACAAGUGCUCUCUAUCUUAUAUAUAUUAUAUAUACAAACACUCACCGAGACAAGGGACAGUGCUUUUCCAAGAGACUGAUGAAGCCAGCUGUAUAACGUUGCUGUUUGUAAAUUCAUGUCAUGCAUAAAUGUAUUUAUGUUGUAAAGCUAUUUAUAUAUUGUUUAUAAAGAGAUAUUUAUAAAAAAAUUAUUUAUGUAACUAAAUGAAAAGUUGAGCAUUGUAACAUUUUUUUUGUCCUAAGUAGUUGAAAAACUUAAAAAAAAAAAAUCAUUCCAUGUGGCA